AGGUGUUGGGACAACAAGUCUCCCCCGUAGUGCGGUCCUCGUGCACGUAGUCUUCUAAACGUCUUAGAGCUGAUGCACGAGAUCUCAAGACGUCCAUGCGUCUUUUAAACGUCUUACACACAUGAGGAAGGUUGUGUACAUGUAAGGACUUCUGGCAAACAGCGAGCGCUCUUGGCUAAAGGUCCGGACAUGAUGACGUCGACCGUGGCGGGUUCGACGGUUGCCACGGUGACGAGCGGCAGGCAGCCCGAGUGGUUCGAGGACCAGCGCGGCGUGCCGGAGCAGCAGUCCAAGUACCUGCUCAAACUCAGGAGUCUACGGGAGGGACUCAUCAGGCAGGAACAGACUAACCUGAACAACGCCCUGGGCCGGAUCCAGCGGCAGAACUACUCCGGGAAGCACAACGCCAAGCCGUUCUACAACCGCAAGCCGCUGCCGCAGAGCACGCCGUUCCACCGGAAAGCGCCGCACCUGGAGAGACUCAAGAGGAUCAGGGAGAUGAAACCUCCGCCCAGGUUGGAGCCGCUUCAAGGCCAGCCCAUGUUGAGCAGCACCAUCCCGACCAAGACGGGGGUCUCUACAAGCAACAAAUCACCACGAGAAGACGAUGACGUCGACAUCUUGAUGGAAAGUUGGAAGAAACGUUACUUAAGCGAGCCGGGUGCAAAAAUCGGUCCGUCCCAGCUCCAGGCCCUGCUCCACCCCACACACAGUAUCCCGAACGUGGGGAGGAGGGCCAUCGGUUCGCCGAAAGACUUAUCUCUCAGUUUCUCGCGAGAGGACAGCUUCACGAAGCAGAAGCCUUUGAACAGACCGCCGCGGUAUCAGCGCAGGAGCGUGACGUCACAGCAGAGCAACGAACACAUCAGUUUGGAGCCGGACGUGGCGAGCUAUCAGCUUCCCGUCGUCCAGGGAACGCCACCAGAUCACGUGAUGCACGUCCUGGAGCAGAUGGCGCGUGCGCAGACGGUGUCCGGAGCGCUGAAGCCGCCCCCAACAACACCAUGGCUGGACGGACAGUUUGACUAUGACGCCGAUGUUAUGAACCACCUGACGUCAUCGAUGGCGCAACUUCCGGCGGAAGUGCCUAACGAACAGGAAGUUACGUUGGAGAAAGUUGAGACGAAACCUGAAGAUGUUACACCUGAAAAUAUUCCUCAAGAUCCUCCUUCAAAUAACGUCUUCAUAACACAAGACACUACAGAGGUUUCACAAACUGUUUCAAUAGAUCCUAAGACGUCGAACUCAAGCGUCUCAGAAAAGAAAGUAGAAACUCCUGAGACUAAGGUGUCUUCGAAAGAAAGCAAGAGAAGUAGCCAAAGAUCGAACUCAAAUCAUCAGACGCCGGUGGUUUCUUCGAGAGGAAGUAACAAUUCACAGUUGGACGUGCAGAAGAGUUCUGCAGACGACAGCGAGUGCGGCUCGGCGUCGCCUAGGCGACAGAUCGUCGUGCAGAUGCCGGAGAUGCCCGUGGACCCGGUGCAUGUCGGGAAGGAGGAAAUCUCCGAAGCGGCGUAGUGCUCAUACAGACCGCCAGGUGGCGUUAUGAACAAGACAGUCACGUCGGCCAUUGAAGAGAUUUAUUAUCCGGAUUCAAAUAGUAGAAAACUUAGUAUUUAAUGAUAUAUAGAUGUUAUAAAUGAUGUUUAGAUGGUUUAAAAAUCGCCCGGCGUUGCAAGGGUCUUGUAAGUAAAAUUGUGCAAUAUUGUGGUGCAUUUGAAUUUCGCAGUCUUCUGUCAAAACGGAAUAGAGAUUAGUUUGGUUUCUUUCCUCACACGUCACAUUGCGUCGGUAUAAUGUUGACUUAAAAACAAAACAUUUCUGUGUAUUGUAGGUUUUGCUUUGAAUUCUUGUGAAGUCCCAUUCCGCAGUACUGAAGGACAUCGAUAUACCCAAGAAAAUGUAUUGCUGGGCAACAAUAACAUUACUUUACUCCUCACUACAAUACCCUACGUUAUAUUAUGUUAUACAUGUCUGAAAAUACACCAGCAUAAAACACAAUUAAAGAUCUAAU